AUGACAGACGAGAUUCGAAGAGCAUUAUGCAAGCACAACAAGGAUAACCCAAGUCUCACUCAAAAGCAAUUGCAAGAAUGGGUUCAUAGUAACUACGGUUUGCAGGUGAGUCAAGCGACAAUAUCGAAUACAGUUAAGCGGUCUUUAGAGUAUCUCUCACUUGCUCCCGAAAGAGGCGAUGUUAAGCGACACAAACCGGCAAAAUUUCCUGACCUAGAAAAAUCUCUCUAUGAAUGGAUUCUUCAAUAUCAAGAACAUGUGAAUAUGACAGUUCAAAGCAAGAUACGAAAUGUUGAAUUAUUUUUUUUGCCACCAAACACAACUUCAAAAAUUCAACCUUGUGACGCGGGGAUCAUACGAGCUUUUAAGAUGCAUUAUCGCCGUCGAUUUUAUAGAAGUCUUUUGGAGGGUUAUGAAUUAGGGGUUCCAAAUCCAGCAAAAAUAAAUGUAUUAGAUGCAAUGAAUCUUGCAAUUUCAGCAUGGACUAUGGAUGUUCGUGCAAAUACAAUUGCGAACUGCUUUCGUCAUUGUAAACUUCGAUCAACAGAUAACAUGACUUUUGAGAACUCGGAUGAAGGUGGUGAAAGCACUCAAGAACUCCAGAAUUUGAUCAAAGAGUUGGGUUAUCGCAAUGCAAUGGAUGUCGAAGAUGUUCUGACUCACCCAGAAGAAAAUGUUGUUGCACAGUUGUUGACUGAUGAAGAAAUUAUUGAAAGCGUUAUUGGAAUUAAUAAAGAUUAUAUCAAUGAAGAAAAUGAUGAAAGUUCUACAAUAGAGCCCCCUUCGCGAAACGAAGCUAUUAAAGCGGCAAUCACAUUGAACAAUUUCUUGUUGAGCUAUGAGAAAACAACACCAGAAGUUCUUACCAUGCUAAGGAAAAUUAGAGACGAGAUUCAAUGGGAAAUUGAUUUCAACAAAAAACAAAAGACAAUUGAGUCA